UCGAGCCCACCUUCCUUGGCCCUGUGGGUUGCGCAGCAUCGUCGUCUUAAUUCGCAUCCGAGCCCUCUUCAAAAACUUAGGCCAGUGCUCUCACAUAACGAGAGAGAGAGAGAGAGAGUGUAGAGCUCUGGGCGUUCCUUCUAGAUCUCGAAGAUUCAUCAAAUUCAGCGAUGGCUCAGCCACUAGUGAAGAAGGACGAUGAUCGUGACGACGAAGCGGAGUACUCUCCAUUUCUGGGGAUCGAGAAGGGUGCCGUUCUACAGGAAGCUAGAGUUUUCAAUGACCCUCAACUAGAUCCUAGGAGAUGCUCUCAGGUUAUUACAAAGCUUUUGUACCUACUGAAUCAAGGGGAGACAUUCACAAAGGUCGAAGCCACAGAAGUUUUCUUUGCUGUGACUAAACUUUUCCAGUCAAGAGAUAUAGGGUUGAGGAGAAUGGUUUAUCUGAUGAUAAAGGAGCUCUCUCCUUCUGCAGAUGAGGUUAUUAUUGUGACAAGCUCCCUCAUGAAGGACAUGAAUAGCAAGACGGACAUGUAUCGGGCAAAUGCUAUUCGUGUCCUUUGUCGGAUAACGGAUGGAACCCUUUUGACCCAAAUUGAGCGAUACUUGAAACAAGCAAUUGUUGACAAGAAUCCAGUUGUUGCAAGUGCAGCCUUAGUUAGUGGGAUUCAUUUGCUCCAGACAAACCCAGAGAUUGUGAAGAGGUGGAGUAAUGAGGUUCAGGAAGCUGUUCAAUCAAGGGCAGCCCUUGUACAGUUUCAUGCACUGGGUUUACUUCAUCAGAUAAGGCAGAAUGAUCGGCUAGCUGUAAGCAAGUUGGUUACCAGCUUGACAAGGGGAACGGUGCGCUCUCCUUUGGCCCAAUGCCUCUUGAUUCGUUACACCAGUCAGGUUAUUCGUGAAUCAGCCACCAGCACACAAACAGGAGACCGCCCUUUUUAUGAUUUUCUCGAGGGUUGUUUACGUCACAAGGCUGAAAUGGUCAUUUUUGAGGCUGCCAGAGCAAUCACAGAGCUCAAUGGUAUGAAUAAAGAUGAGAGUUUUGAAGAAAUUUUGAAGAUCAGGAAAACAAAGUUUGGGCCAAGCAUGCCGAACAUAAAGGCCUAA